GGAAAAAAGAAAGAGUCUCCAAUCCUUUUACUUGUAGGAUAUGAAUAUCCCCCUUCGAAUCUAAUGGCGAUUUCUGGUUUCACUCGAUCUCAUCGACCACCACCUGUAAACAACUCGUAUCGAUCUAGGAUUUCCGAUGCGUCGUUGAAGCGUUUAUACAAACCCUAACUCGACGGCUCUAACUCGGUCUUCCACUUUGACACGCAAUCACGCACAUAUAACCUCCAGGAGCUAUACCUUCUGGCCAUGCGACUCUGGUUCUCUGCGAUAUCCCUCUCGAGAGAGGAUUCUUUGGAUUUGGCUAAAUUCUUGAUUUGUUUCCGGCUACUUGAUAAGGUUUCUAAAAAUGUCCAACGAUUCUCAUGCCCCUAAUUCCAAGGUUCUCCUCUGCAAUGCUGGCGCUGGCGCUGCCGCCGGAGUUAUUGCUGCUACGUUUGUGUGUCCUUUAGAUGUGAUAAAGACACGGUUUCAGGUUCACGGGCUUCCAAACCUUGACGCUCAGAAUAUAAAAGGUAGUUUUAUUGUUGGUAGUUUGAAACAAAUAUUCCAGAAAGAGGGGCUACGUGGUCUGUACCGUGGACUCUCUCCCACAGUACUGGCAUUACUUCCGAAUUGGGCGGUUUACUUCACAAUAUAUGACCAGCUCAAGAGCUUACUUGGUUCAGAUGAUGAAAAUCAUCAUCUUUCAAUAGGUGCCAAUAUGCUAGCUGCUUCUGGUGCUGGAGCUGCAACCACCAUUGCAACAAAUCCUCUUUGGGUUGUGAAAACAAGACUCCAGACUCAAGGGAUGAGAGUAGGUAUAGUGCCAUAUAGGAGUACUUUGUCUGCUCUGAGGAGAAUAGCUCACGAGGAGGGCAUUCGCGGAUUGUAUAGUGGUCUUGUUCCUGCUUUGGUUGGUAUCAGUCAUGUGGCCAUUCAGUUUCCGAUGUAUGAGACAGUUAAAUCCUAUUUGGCCAAUCAAGAUAAUGUUAAAAUGGAUAAACUCCGUGCAACUGAUGUUGCUGUUGCAUCAUCCGUGGCUAAAAUAUUUGCCUCAACAUUGACUUAUCCUCAUGAGGUUGUACGAUCAAGGCUUCAAGAGCAAGGGCACCAUUCAGAGAAGCGCUAUUCUGGAAUGAUUGAUUGCAUUAGAAAAGUAUUUCGUCAAGACGGACUCCCUGGCUUUUAUCGUGGGUGUGCAACCAACCUUUUCAGGACCACCCCAGCAGCCGUUAUCACAUUUACCAGCUUUGAGAUGAUUCACCGAUUUCUUGUAGAGCUUUUCCCACCUGACCCACAUCCUCACACAUUGUGAAGAUGGUCAUGUAUAAAUCAAGGAUGCAGCAUUGCGAUGUAUUUUCCCUCAGUGACACCCCAAACAAGGGCAAACACAUUGUUUUAGUGAUGAUAGAGAGAGCAAACUAAUGUUGCAUGCUGUAGUUUCUGGGAGUAGCAA